UCUCCUCUCUCUCUCUCUCUCUCUCUCUAUCUCUAUCUCUCCAAUCUUAAAAGUCAGCGCAGUCCUUUCUGCCUUGCAUUCACUCUUUUCUUGCCAUUAUAAUUAAUACAAAGGCACAGACGUGGGUUAGGAUUUCUAGGUAGAUCGAGUCUUCAAUGGCGGAGGAUCAGGACUGGGAUUUGUAUGCAGUAGUAAGGAGUUGCACCUCUGCUGCUGCUGCUGCUGCUGCUGCUACGAACAGAAACAGCAGCAGCAGCAACAUCAGUGAGAAUUUUGAGUGCCUGGAUUCUUUAACUUUUGAUGAUGAUGAUGAUGAUGAUGGAGAAUCCAACCCAUUUUCUUUUCCAAAUCUUGCUUCCCAGCCUAGAAACAACAACUGCUUGCAAGAAUUGCAAGAUUCUUACAAGCCCUUUUUGCCUAGCUUCACCACCAGUACUGGUCUUCAAGGUAAGAACAGCAACAACAAUAUUCCUAGCUUCUCCAUUUCUGAUUUUGGGGUCAUUUUUAGUGGCCAAAAUCAACCACAACUUGCACAACAACAACAACAACAACCACUAACCACACCAUCCACUAGUGUUGCCAUCAGUCCCUGGUUCAACAAUAGCCAAAAGCAGCCACAGCAUGUACAGCAACAACAAAAUCAAAGGAGACAAUUGCACCAGCAAGGGACUAGCACUUCUUCUCUCUUUCCUUUAAGAACCACACAAUCUCAGACCCCAAGAAAAAAAAAAAGUAACCAGAAGAGGCUGAUAUCGCAUGUAACUGCAGAGAAUCUCUCUAAUGAUGUGUGGGCUUGGAGAAAAUAUGGUCAAAAACCCAUCAAAGGCUCUCCCUAUCCAAGGAACUACUACAGAUGCAGCAGCUCAAAAGGGUGUGCAGCAAGAAAGCAAGUGGAGAGGAGCAAUACAGAUCCAAAUAUGUUUAUUGUCUGCUACACAGGUGAUCACACACACCCACGUCCGACUCACAGGAACUCACUUGCCGGUAGUACAAGAAACAAGGUCCAACAACCAGCUCAAAAGCCGGAAAACAAAGAAUCCGAGCAUCCCAUUUCAGCUGAUAGGGGCUCGUCUUCUUCUCCACUUUCAGCCACUAGUUUGUCUCCAAGAACCACACUUUCAGCUCCCAUUUACAAUAUUGAGGCGGUAGGAAACGAGCAAGAAAGCAUCAAAACACAUAAUUUGGAAGGCGGGCAUGGAUUGAUGGGAAGCGAUGAUCAUGAAGAUGAUGUCGAUGAUUGUGAUAAUGACAUUAAUGACGAUUAUGAUGAUGAUCUUUUGAUUCCAAAUAUGGCCUUAAAUGAAGAUCUUAUUAAAGGGUUUCAGGAGCUUGUUAGUGGUAAUGAAGGUGGUGGUUUAAGCAAUAGUCCUGCUUUUGGAGACGACUUUUCCUCUUCUGUUGUUGGUGGCUCAGCCAGCACAGCAGCCGGAGCAACUGAUGGUGGUGGCUGCUAAUUAUAUAAGUUGCUAGAAGUUUUCUCUUUUAAUAUUAUUAAAGAAAAAUUGGAUUUGAUGGAAACUUUUUCUCCCCCACCAAGAUUGAUGUAGAAGAUAGAAAGAAUCUUUUCCCUCUCCACAA